CACUGUUCGUCGUUGCACUUUGCAGACGGUCCCCGACGGGCUCGCGUCGAUCCUCCAGACUCGUCCGUCACUUCGGGCCGCUGUCGCUGAAAAAUUACGCUCGUUGCUCGCUGUCGACUUUCCCUCUGACAGAACGGAGGCUUCGUUGUUCGUGAUUCGCCAACGAUUAUCGAUCGUCGAUCCGGGAAGAGCCGAAUAUCUUGUGUCCCAACUCCACCGCAGCUGCUCGACCGGGCCGUGUGCAGCGUGUGAUGGGGAACUGGAGCCACUAACCCCGCCCGGGUGUCUGUGGUGUUAGUGCCUGGAGCUCGCAGCAAGCGCACACCAUGAUGUCGAUGACUUUCGAGGUGUCCAGCAGCGUGACGCUGCUGUUUGACUUCUGGAAUGUGCGCGGGCCUGGGGGGAUGCUGCUGUCGGUGUUGGUCGUAUUCCUGCUGACGGUUCUCUACGAGGCACUCAAGGUGUGGAGGGUGAACCUGGGGGGCCGGUUGAAGCCGGCCGAGCCGUACGCCGCUCCGACGUUCCUCCACAGCGAAUGCAUUUCUACGCUGGAGAGGAGCUUCUCCGAGUCGUCCGUGACCCCCAUUGCGUCUCAACCUUCCGCUUCAAACACCAGGGACAGCUGGCUGCUGCACGGCCUCCAGACCGUCCUCCACAUGAUUCAGGUGACCCUCGGCUACAUGCUGAUGUUGUGCGUCAUGUCCUACAACGUGUGGAUCUUCCUCGGCGUCAUCGUGGGCUCGGCGCUCGGGUUUUUCAUCUCGUUCCCGCUGCUCGGUCAGAUGUGACGGUUUGGACAGACAGUCCACGGACUGAAACGAAGAUGGAGGAGGAGGUUCUUUGGAUACCGGAUACUAAAUGGAAAAAAACGCGUGAUUAAUUUCUGCAUGUUCCUCUUCGCACAGUGCUCGAAGUAAGAAAGAAGACUUCUAUUGCUCUUAGGCUAGAGAGCGCAAACAUUUCGGAAUUGUCUGGUGUCUCCUCGGUUUCAGGCCUUGGACCUCUGGAUUUCCCUUUUUCUUUUGUAGCAGCAAACUGCACGUGCUGCCUCUUUUAACUUGAAUCAUUUUGUUUAUUCAGUAAAAUACUACCUUAAAGAUUCGAGGAGGAAGAGCACAAACGUGGAAUGGGGCGUCAUUCAUGCCUUGUGGCAUUUUACAACAUCAUUUUAUAUUUUUCUGAUCAGCACUGUCGGCGUUACUAGCAACUACACAAUUUAGCAAUUUAAUAUUUUAAGACACUACAGAUGAUCAAAAAAUUACAUCUUUUAAUUUGUAAGUACAUUUCACCUUUGAGCCUUUUUGACUACUAAACAUUUCUCGUGGAUGGAACUAACAUGUUUUUUAGUUUUUUGGGAGUGAAACCAAAAAGCGGAUUUGCACUUUUAGGCACAGCUCAUCAUUACGACUGUUCUGUUAGUUUGUGGAACUGAGUCAUGUGGUGUUUAUCUUUUUUUGUACCUUGUAAAGUUCUCAUGUGUCAAGAGUCAUUCUCACAUGUAUUUACCAGGGACAGUGAGUUCAGGUCAUGUGAUUCUGUGGCAAACAUUGACAAACCACCAACCACAGAAAACGAGAAAAAAAUGAAGUGAGUGCCUUUUAACUGCCACUAUCAGAUGUGUUUUAUUGAAAUGUGCUUCUCUUCUCUUUGUAGGGAGUAUUCAUAACUAUUUUUGUAACUAAUAGAAACAUGUCUCAUCAUUUUAGGUCGUUAACCACUGAAUGUCAAUUUUUUUACGGAUGCUUUUCUGUCACUGAAUACAAAUCUCAAGACUUGCUUAAACAUUUAACUGAAAAAAUAAAGAAUAAAGUUGAUGAUUAAA